AUGGCUUCGCGAUCGCUGGCCCAGGUUGGUCGGUCGGCCACGGCUCGCCUGUUAAAAUCUAAUCUGCAGAGGAUUGUACUUCCAGCUGCUGCUGCCAGUGUGCGCCACAGCUCGAACACCGUCGAUAAGAGAGGGGUUCAUUCUUCCGUCGUGGCUCAGGCGCAAGCUCAGGCUGACAAGGGUAUCUCGAAAACUGCCGCUGCUUCCGGAUCAAAAGGAAGAAUAGUCGCUGUUAUUGGUGCUGUUGUCGACGUCCAGUUCGAAGAGAACCUGCCUCCAAUCCUUAAUGGUCUCGAAGUCACAGGCCGCUCCCCACGGCUCAUUCUCGAAGUCUCUCAACAUCUAGGAGACAAUGUUGUCCGUUGCAUUGCUAUGGACGGAACUGAGGGACUUGUCCGUGGUCAAGAAGUUGUUGAUACCGGAGAUCCAAUCAUGAUCCCUGUCGGUCCUGAGACUCUCGGCCGCAUUAUGAAUGUCAUCGGCGAGCCAAUUGACGAACGAGGCCCUAUCAACGCGAAGCACCGCGCCCCUAUCCACGCUGAAGCACCCGAGUUCGUCGAAAUGUCCGUCGAGCAAGAGAUUCUAGUAACUGGAAUCAAGGUCGUCGACCUGCUCGCACCUUACGCGAAAGGAGGAAAGAUUGGUCUUUUCGGUGGUGCCGGAGUAGGAAAGACUGUGCUUAUUAUGGAGCUGAUUAACAACGUCGCCAAGGCCCACGGAGGUUACUCUGUGUUCGCAGGAGUCGGAGAACGAACUCGUGAGGGUAAUGACUUGUACCAUGAGAUGAUUGAAGGAGGUGUUAUUGAUCUGAAGGGAAACAACUCAAAGGUAUCAUUGGUGUACGGUCAGAUGAACGAGCCUCCAGGUGCCCGUGCUCGUGUGUGCUUAACUGGAUUGAGUGUUGCCGAAUACUUCCGUGACAAAGAAGGACAAGAUGUGCUUCUGUUCAUUGACAACAUUUUCCGUUUCACACAAGCCGGUUCGGAAGUGUCUGCUCUUCUCGGACGUAUUCCAUCUGCUGUAGGAUACCAACCAACCUUGGCUACCGAUAUGGGUAGCAUGCAGGAACGUAUCACCACCACAACCAAGGGAUCCAUCACAUCUGUGCAAGCUAUUUACGUACCCGCCGAUGACUUGACUGAUCCUGCUCCUGCCACCACAUUCGCUCACUUGGACGCUACCACUGUGUUAUCUCGUGGUAUCGCUGAAUUGGCCAUCUAUCCAGCUGUCGAUCCUCUCGAUUCUACCUCCCGUAUUAUGGAUCCCAACAUCGUCGGACACAAGCACUACGAUAUUGCUCGAGGAGUGCAGAAGAUUCUUCAGGAUUACAAGUCUCUUCAAGAUAUCAUUGCUAUUCUUGGUAUGGAUGAGUUGUCUGAAGAUGACAAGCUGACUGUAUCCCGAGCCCGAAAGAUCCAACGUUUCCUUUCCCAACCAUUCCAAGUCGCUGAGGUGUUCACUGGUCACGCCGGAAAGUUCGUAUCUCUCGAGGAGACGAUCCGAGGAUUCGAGAUGAUUUUGAAAGGUUAG